CAUAUACAACCACUAAUCAUGGAAGCCCUUGCAAUACUCUUCCUCACAACCAUCGUAGCAACUUCCCACGCUUCAGACUUGGAAAGGGGUGGAAUACCCCUACCAAUUCAUCUCCUCCGUCCACUUACUGGAUCGAGGGAUCUCCAUAUCCAUGGUAUCUCAUGCUCGAGCUGGAGGCUAGCGGUGGAGACUAACAAUAUCCGUGAUUGGACAACAGUCCCGCAAUCUUGCGAGAACUACGUUGGCCACUACAUGUUGGGUCAUCUAUACCGUGAGGACUCGAAGAUGGUUGCUGACACGGCAGCGUCCUACGCCGCUAAUCUUACUCUGGGAGGUGAUGGAAAGAAAAUAUGGGUGUUUGACAUUGAUGAAACCGUGCUCUCUAACCUACCGUACUAUGCGCAACAUGGAUUUGGGGUGCAGCCGUACGAUAAUUCCCUAUUCCAAGCAUGGGUGGAUCUCGGGGAAGCUCCUGCACUACCGGAGAGCCUGAAGCUGUACAAGAAAUUAAUCAAAUUGGGAAUUAAGAUCGUGUUUUUAACGGGAAGAAGUGAAUCGAAGAGAGAAAUUACAGAGAAGAAUCUUAAGAAAGCAGGGUUCCACAGCUGGGAGAAGCUCAUAUUAAGGCAAGCUACGGAUACAGGAUCAGCUUUAGUAUACAAAACUGGAAAGAGAAAGGAACUUCAAGCAGAAGGUUGUAUAAUUGUUGGAAACUCGGGAGAUCAAUGGAGUGAUAUUCUCGGGACCCCUACAGGCCUUAGAACCUUUAAGGUUCCUGACCCUAUGUACUACAUCGGUUGAGCUAGGGUUUGGUCUCCUUGGUUACUAUGUUGUAUCUUUACUACAUAGGUUGAGCAACGGUUUGGUUUCCUUGGUUACUAUGUUGUAUCCUUUCCUACUUUUAUGGACUUGUAUGGAGGAGACCUAUGUACUGAAUAAGAAAACCUAUUAGCUUAUCA